AUGAAACAUAAAAUUACUGUGCCUGAAAACAAAUCUAAAAAAUUAAAAAUUGAAAAUGCUGUUAUUCAUCCUCUUAUAUUAAUUUUCAAUUAUAUUGAUGAUCCUUUUAAAUUUUAUAAUACUUCUCUAGUGUGUAAAGAGUGGAAAAAUAUUCUCAACAACCAUAUUUUUUGGGAAAAUUUAAUUGAACAUCUUGAAUUCGAAG